UACCGGUAACCUGUCUUUGUACAUGUAGUAAUCCGAUUCUAAAAAUAUAAAUUUCUCCCUAUAUAUAUACGCUCAAAAGCACAAAGCAAAAUCACCCAUAUCACCAUCCGACCCAACCCUACAGCCAUGGCUUCUCCUGGAAGAUCUCUCCCUUUUUUCAUCCUAUGUGGGUUCCUUUUUUUCUCCUCUUUAGCGCUGGACAUGUCGAUUAUUGAUUACAAUAUCAGGCAUGGACAAAACCCAGAAGAAAGAACAGACGCUAAUGUUCGGAGAAUCUAUGAGAUGUGGCUCGUCAAACAUGGGAAAGCUUAUAAUGCUUUGGGCGAGAAGGAGAAGCGGUUUCAGAUCUUUAAAGAUAAUCUUAAAUUCAUCGAUGAGCAUAACUCGGUUAAUCGGAGUUAUAAGCUCGGAUUGAACCGGUUCGCCGAUCUGAGUAAUGAGGAGUACCGGGCGAUGUUCUUGGGUACAAGGAUGGAAAGGAAAAAUAGAUUGGGGGCAUCGAUGGGGACUGAAAGUAGGUAUUUGUAUAAAGAAGGUGAUGAUUUGCCGGAAAAGGUUGAUUGGAGAGAAAAAGGGGCUGUUGUUCCUGUCAAGAAUCAAGGACAGUGUGGAACUGAAAGGAGUUGCUGGGCUUUCUCAACUGUUGCUGCAGUAGAAGGGAUUAACCAGAUUGUAACUGGUGAUCUAAUCUCUCUAUCAGAGCAGGAGUUGGUAGAUUGUGAUAGAUCAUAUAACCAGGGAUGCAAUGGAGGUCUUAUGGACUAUGCCUUUGAAUUUAUUAUCCAAAAUGGUGGUAUUGAUACUGAACAAGAUUACCCAUAUGAGGCUGUUGAUAAUGUUUGUGAUCCAUACAGGAAAAAUGCUAAGGUAGUUACUAUUGAUGGAUAUGAAGAUGUUCCUGAAAAUGAUGAGAAAUCCUUGAAGAAGGCUGUGGCAAAUCAGCCAGUUAGUGUUGCCAUUGAAGCUGGUGGCAGGGCUUUCCAACUUUACCAAUCGGGUGUUUUUACUGGUAGAUGUGGUACACAGCUUGACCAUGGUGUGGCUGCUGUUGGAUAUGGCACAGAGAAUGGUGUAGAUUACUGGUUGGUGAGGAACUCAUGGGGUCCUGAUUGGGGUGAAAGUGGUUAUAUCAAGUUGGAGCGUAAUUUGGCCACCACCACAACUGGAAAAUGUGGAAUUGCAGUGGAGGCUUCAUAUCCAACCAAGAAGGGUCCAAAUCCCCCUAAUCCUGGCCCAACCCCUCCAUCUCCGGUCAACCCUCCUCCUCCAAAGCCCUCCACUCAGUGUGACGAUUACUUUUCAUGCCAAGAGGGAAGCACCUGCUGCUGCAUAUAUGAGUAUGGUAGCUAUUGCUUUGGAUGGGGAUGCUGCCCUCUUGAGUCUGCAACCUGCUGUGAUGACCACUAUAGCUGCUGCCCUCAUGAUUUCCCUGUCUGCGACCUUGAAGCUGGAACCUGCCGAUUGAGUAAGGAUAAUCCAUUGAGUGUAAAACCAUUCAGACGUAGUCCUGCUCAAAGAAUCGGUUCUCACCUUCGCGGUGGCAAGAAAAUUAUUGGUGCUUGAAAGCUCAGGGUCUGCAGGACAUUCAGCAAGUGAGGCUUAAACAGAGAAUUGUUUCCUAUUGCAUCAUAGGAGGAUUUAGCAAGGAAGAAAUGCUUUUUAUCUCACCCUAUUUAAACAAUUACUGAAUGUUUGAUUUUCUUUUUUUUUUUUUUUUCCUUUUAUGAUUUAUUGGUGACUAUUGUAAAUACUUUCAGUUUGAGCUAAAGCAGAAACUGAACUAUAACCAAUUAGGAUAUAUAGUUCACCUGAAUUUGUAAAGUCACCAACUAUUGAUUCUCAUUAAUUAAGAUUGCUGGUUUAUUA